GUUUUUACUUUGUUACGGGAGACCCAUGAAGUGGGAGUCAUCUGUAAACGUUUGCAAUGCAAAGGCAUCAGUAAAGCCGAAAGUGAUGAAAUAAUUAUGAUAAUAAUACUGAACAACUGGCAUUAAUACGGGGCUUUGAGGCUUGCUCGGAAGAACUUUACAGAUGCUAUCUGGUGGGUUUGUUUUAUUGGGGAGGGGAACAUUUCCCCCAGCCUCACACAAGUUCACCAUCUCGGGCAAUCCGGUCCGCCGAGGGCUAGGGACCAGCGGCAAAGCCCCGGGAUGGGACCCGCAAACUCUGAAGCCGGAGUCGCCUCCACACUGGUGCUCGGGGCCCGAGGCCCCAGGAGCGCCGCUUCAGAAGCUCACGGACAAAGUGGCGGGCGUGAAGGUACGUGGCGGUGGCGCCUGGCUCCGCCCGCCCCCUGCUGGACUGAGCCCUUGCGGGGCCGUCCCCGGCGCGGGGUCCGCCUCCUCGUCGCGUAGUCUGCGCCGCCGCACGUGUGCGAGCUCCGGCGACAGGCUCAGUGUCGGUCGGGAAGGGAGGCGCAGGCGGCAGCAGCAGAGACGGGUGCAGCAGCGGCGGCGGCGGCGGCGGUCAUCGAUGUUCCGCGGCCUCGGUUGCCUGGUCUUGCGUUUCUGCUUAGCCGUUCCUCCCGGCCUCCGGCGGCGCUUCCCCCGCCUCCCCGAGAUCCCAGGAAGUGUUUCGGCCUCCCACGGUGCGGUUCCCGAUUCUCUCUCUGGUAACCCACCCUCGGGCCGGAGCCCCGUGCCCGCUGAUUAUAUUAGAUGCUAUCUUGGGACCUUUAAAAUGGAGACAGUGGAAGUGACGGGAGUAUCUAUGAAACGUUCUCUUUCCAGUGAUGAUCUAGCUCAAGCUGAUGAAGCUAAAAGACAAAAGGUCUCAGAAUGUCAUUUAGCUAAAGACCAAGAGACUUUGGAUAAUGACUGUGUCCUGAGCAAUGUGACCAGACAAUCUGAAACCACAACUGCUGAAGAAGUUAGAAAUAAUGUUGAGGCCCAGAUUGAAGAAGAGGAAGAAGAGGAAGAUGGACUUUUGGAGGAGGAGGAAGAGGAGGAGGAUGGAGAGGGAGAGAGCUUUGCUGAUAUGAUGAAAUAUGGACUCACCGAGGUUGAUGUUGGUAUCACAAAGUUUGUGAGUUCUCAUCAAGGCUUCUCAGGAAUCUUAAAGGAGAGAUAUUCUGAUUUCAUUGUUCAUGAAAUAGGGAAAGAUGGCCAUAUAAGCCAUUUGGAUAACUUAUCUGUGCCAGUGGAUGAUGAGGAUCCUUCUGAAGAUGUGUUUACAGUUUUGACAGAAGAAAAUAAGCAGCGUUUGGAGGAACUUCAGCUUUUUAAGAAUAAAGAAACUAGUGUAGCAAUUGAGGUUGUUGAAGACACCAAAGAGAAAAGAACUGUUAUCCAUCAAGCAGUGAAAUCUUUGUUUCCCGGAUUAGAGACAAAAACAGAGGAAAGGGAGGGGAAAAAAUAUAUUGUGGCUUACCAUGCAGCUGGAAAAAAGGCUUUGGCAAAGGUCAGAACCGCCACAGAUCCAAGAAAACAUUCUUGGCCAAAAUCUAGGGGAAGUUACUGCCACUUUGUUUUAUACAAGGAAAACAAGGACACCAUGGAUGCUAUUAAUGUACUCUCAAAAUUUUUGAGAGUUAAACCAAACAUAUUUUCCUACAUGGGAACCAAAGACAAAAGGGCUAUAACUGUUCAAGAGAUUGCCGUUCUUAAAAUAACUGCACAAAGACUUGCUCAUUUAAACAAGUGCUUAAUGAACUUCAAGCUGGGCAACUUCAGCUACCAGAAAAAUCCUCUGAAGUUGGGAGAACUCCAGGGAAAUCAAUUCACUGUUGUCCUCAGAAACAUAACAGGAACUGACCAUCAAGUACAGCAAGCAAUGCACUCUCUGAAGGAAAUUGGAUUCAUUAACUACUAUGGGAUGCAGCGGUUUGGAACCACAGCUGUCCCCACGUAUCAGGUUGGAAGAGCCAUCUUACAAAACUGUUGGGAUGAAGUCGUAGAUUUAAUAUUGAAACCUCGUCCUGGAGCCGAAAAGGGAUAUUUGGUCAGAUGUCGAGAAGAGUGGGCCAAGACCAAAGAUCCUGAUGCUGCCCUCAAAAAACUACCUGUCAAAAGGUGUGUGGAAGGGCAACUGCUUCGAGGACUUGCAAAAUAUGGACUGAAGAAUAUUGUAUCUGCAUUUGGCAUAAUACCAAGAAAUAAUCGUUUGAUGUAUAUUCAUAGUUAUCAGAGUUAUGUGUGGAAUAACAUGGUGAGCAAAAGAAUUGAAGAAUAUGGACUGAAACCUGUUCCAGGGGAUCUUGUACUUAAAGGAGCUAUAGCCACAUACAUUGAGGAAGCAGAUGUUAAUUCCUACUCCAUCCAUGAUGUGGUGAUGCCUUUACCUGGUUUUGAUGUUAUAUACCCCAGACAUAAAAUUAGUGAGGCUUACAAGGAUAUGCUAGCUGCAGAUCAUCUAAAUAUUGACAACAUGAAACAUAAAAUCCGAGAUUAUUCUCUAUCAGGUGCCUACCGAAAGAUCAUUAUUCGCCCUCAGAAUGUCAGCUGGGAGGUUGUUUCGUAUGAUGAUCCUAGAAUUCCACUUUUUAACACGGAUUUGGACAACCUAGAAGGAAAACCACCACCUGUGUUUGCUGCUGAAGGUAAAUACAGGGCCCUGAAGAUGGAUUUCUCACUCCCUCCUUCAACAUAUGCAACAAUGGCCAUUCGAGAAGUACUAAAAAUGGAUACAAGUAUCAAGAACCAAACACAGUUGAAUACUACUUGGCUCCGCUGAUGCUCUCCCUGAAGAUACAAGUAUGGAGGAAAGUAUCAGCAUCCUGGUUCACUAUUCUUUGUGUUCUUUUAGUACAAACUCCAUGUGGAUAAUUUGUAGUAAAAGUUUGUUUGUAUUUUUUUUCAAGUUUUUAUUCGCUUAAAUCAAUAAUUUGCAAUAUUUGUACAAAUGUGCAAAUCUGGAAAACCUAACUAAAAUUUAAAACAAAAAAUUGGUUGGUUUAUUUUAACACAUACACACUCAUACUGACAUGCAGAGGCAAGAGGGGAAUAAUCGAUGAAUCUACAAACAUUUAUUAAGUGUUUCCUGUGUAAUAGUUAUUGCACCUAAGCAUUGGAAAUACAAAGAAAGGCAAAAAUGUAAAGUCCCUGGUCUCAAACAAUUUACUUGAUAAUGAGAGAGACAGCACAUAAAUAAGUAGUAAAUACAUACAUAUUUAAUAACAUAGUACAUACUGUGCAUACUGUAAUAAGUACAUAUAAAGUAGAAAGGAGGCUUUGGGGAGGCAGAUUUAAGUGACUGCCCUCCUGAAUCUUGAAAGAAAUCAAGAAUGAGGAAGGAGGAAGCAUUACAGCAAUGGAGGUUAGAGGUGUAUAUGUAGGGGAGAGGAAUCACUGUUGUAAUGAAGAAUAGUAAAUAGAGUGCUAGUCUUAGGUUCGAGAAAACUUUUUGUUUUCUUUCAAGGACCUUCAUAGUUCGGUUCCAUCUCCACCUUUCAAAUCUUCCCCAGAACCAUCCCCCUGCACCCCCAAAUACUCUGCAGUCCAGUAACACUGGCCUUGCUGCUCCACGCAUAAAACCCUUCAUCUUCUGACUCUGGAUGGUUUCACCAAUUGUCCCCAUAUCUGUGCUGCUCUCAGUCCUCAUCCCCAUCCUCCUCCUGGCUUCUUUUAAGUCUAACUAAAAUCCUACUUUCUACAGGAAGCCUUACCUGGUCCCCCUGAACUCUCAUGCCUUAGCUGUUAAUUAGCUCUAAUUUGCUAUAUAUAUUUGUUCAUACAUGAUUAAUUGUAUGUUAUGUUGCCUAUUCGACUGUGAGCUCCCUGAGAGACAAUAGGAACUGUCUGUUUUUCUUGAACCCUUGGCAUAGUGGCUGGCAAAAAGUAAGUAUUUAAUGUUUAUUGGCAGGGGCUGCUGGGUGUUGUAGUGGAUAGAGCACUAGCCCUGAAGUCAGAAGGACCCAAGUUCAAAUCUGGCCUCAGACACUUAACACUUCCUAGCUGUGUGACCCUGGGCAAGUCACUUAACCCCAAUCAAAAAAAAAACCCAAAACAAUGUUUAUUGGCUGGCUUGAUUAAAACCAUAGUCUCUGGCCCUACCUUGGCUGUGUCAAUCAGAGCCAGCUCUAUAACCUCUCAGCUCUCUCUGACAAUUCUCUGAGAUUAUCAUUUUAGAACACUUGCUAUUGGUAGAUGGAACGCAAGAGUUCCUUAAAUUACUAAUCUGGGUGAAACAAAAAGGUAAAAUGGCAGUUGUAUUUGCUUUCAGCAAGAAAAAUGGUUUUGGAUUAAGAUAGAUAUUUUAGGGGUUUAAUAUUUCUUUAAAGAAACAGCAAGUAUUUUUAUUAUUAAUAGGAAUUGAAAGCGACAUUGUAAGUACCAGAAGCAGUAAAGUUAAGAACUGUGUAGACUAUUAGGAAUGACAGCUAUACAGAGGUAGUGUAUGUGAAGAAUGACUCUCAAGUCCCUCUUCCCCUGUAAUUCAAGAGUCUUGACACAUAAAUAUAAAUUCACUUGCACUUAAGUCAACAUGAAUGACCCCUUGGGUGGUCAUAAGUAUAGCAAUGAUCCCAUUAUCUAAAAUCACCUAUUUAUCAAAAGCAAGGUAAGAGUCAAAAGUAGAAUAAAACAUUUUCAAUAUAAAGGGCUUUUGUAUCACUCCAUAUUUGUACAAAAGCUUUUGUAUCAGUGCAGGACUUAUUAAGCUUUUUCCAUUUGUGAUCCCUUUUCCUCUCAAGAAAUUUUUGUAUGACCCCUGGGUAUAUAGGUUUAUAAAAUAGGAAUACAAAUCAAACAUUUACCAAUAAUAAAUCAUAAUUUCAUGAUCCCAACAUUCAGUUAUAAGAUCUCAUAUAGGAUUGUGAACCAAAGUUUAAGAAUCUGGGUAUUAGAAAAUUCUACUGUAAUAGGGCUUUUUAACAUGAUGUAAAUGAACAACUGUUUUUAUCAAUUUAAGGUAUGCUUUUUAUUACACAUAUUUUUAUCUUGAAGAUUCUUUCCAUAGAUACAGGUCCUUCAGAAAGAUAAAGGAGGGAAAGGUAGCUAGAAAUACCAAGAGUUCAUACCAAUGGUUUUAUUCCUUGUCACCAGCAAUUUUGGUAUUGCCCUUGCUGGCAAUGGAAAACACAUUUUCUGAUGUGAAAAGACAUGAAAGAAUAAAUUAGCCAUUCUAACAUCA